AUGAGAGAAUAUGUACCUAAUUAUACUGUAUCUUUCAUUGUAGUAUUUUUACUAUUUUCAGUGGUUGAAGUACCUGAACUACGCCACGUGUCUCUAUAUAACAUUGAUAUCACGUGCAACGUACACGCUAAAGACAAGUUCACGUACCAUAUUCAAGAACAAACUGAUAAAACAUAUUCUGUAAAUACAACAGAGAAUUCUAACAUUGGUGUAAACAACGGCACAGCAACAAUCGACCGUUCCACGGAGACAGACGAGGAAGAAGUGGAAUAUGUGAUGUACAUUGGUCUGGCUGUUGGCGUUUUAGUCAUCAUCGUCAUUAUCAUCAUAGCGGUCAUUUACAUCAGAGGCAGAUAUCUGAGUGAAAAGGAAAACAAGGAUACAAAGAGCAACUUGUCAAACUCGAACUCUCUGACGAACUGCAGCGAGAUCCAAAAACGACCCCUACCCGACACACAGUCAAACAUAGAUCUAGAUGACAAAGAUACACCUGUGCUUCAACAAAGCUACAGUAUAGUAGCAGACGAAAUUCCACGGCAGACGACACAGACCAACCUUACGUCACCAACAUACGCUGAAAUAGAGGAGUACAGUGAUUCGGGAAUAAAACCUAAACUGCCCUUAGUUAAUAAAAGGUCCAUAGAUAAUUCUAAACGCAAACUACCUGCAAAACCGGACGAACCGCAGAGUUCAAUAUAUUCGGAAAUAGAAGAUGCAGACGAAAAAGACACCGGAAGUGAAAAAGAGGUUAUUUCAAAAAAUAAGAAAAAUCAGGAGAAAAUAUAUCCUGCAUAUCUUUACAAGAAGAAAUUAUCAAACGCGAGUAAUAUUUAUGACGAAUGUCAAGAUGUGUCUAAAAUGGACAGUGACAAAACAUAUAUUGAUAUGUCACAUAAGAAAAAAGAUGAGUCCGAAUACGUACCUCACUGCAAAAUUUCAAAAGACAUGGUGAACCAGUCUAAGAAAGACCGCGUGACUGAUAAAUGGACCAAUCAAAACAUCAUUUAUGCAGACUGUGACGAAAAGACCAACGGUUCGGGCAAAGAAAGUCGAAAUAAACUGAAAAAGGAAUCAGUGACAAGUGAAUCAGACUCUGAUGAAGAUAUUUGUAUUGUUGAAAACGAGUUAUACGAGCCAUUUGAAUCUGCAAAAGUUUGAUUAAAAUAUACGUUUUCACCUAAUGUGCCUUAGAAGAAUAGAGAUGCCUUAGCGGGUCUACCUUUAAACUUAUCAAAACAAUACUCUAUACAAAAAUAUACUCAAAGUUCUUAAAAAAGUGGCUCAAAUUUGCCGGUGAAACGCAUGGUGUGCUAGGUGUAAAGUUUGUCCAUAAAGUCAACGAUUUACCAUUUAAAAAGAAUUCCAAAUGGCACAAGAAUCUGCGCAAGGUGAUGUAAUAUGUAAAAAGGAAACGAAACAUUAACCUCCUUUAUCUCAUCUGUCUUUUUGUAGUGAAUAUCGCCUCAUAUUGCACAGAAGAAAAGUUCAGAAUUGUAUAAUAUUUUACUCUUAUUAUUUCAUACAUGAAAAUGUUUCGUAAACCUAGAACCUGUUCGGAUAUAUAUAUAAACUAGUAUUCAAUUGUUUCAGGAAUGAAUAUGAAUUUUGAAACAUUGGAAAUUUCAUAUAUCAUUUCCUAUGCUAUGUAUUGCAAAAACUUUUCAUUCCACAAUCAUGGCAAAACUGUUCAAAUAUUUGCCAGUUUUAUAAUGAGUUUAUGAAUCAUAAUUGAGAACAAAUAGCAUAUUCUAAUUUCUUAUUUUUAUUCCGUUUUUUUUCCUUCCUUGUCACACGUUGUAAAUUAUUGUUUACUGUAAUUUAAUUUUAAUGACUGUAUAUAGAUAACUUUUGUAUUAUUAAAACUUAGCAUACUUCCAUUAUCGGACAAAAAUACACAAUUGCAAUGUUUCUAAACAUAUAAAAAUGUGAAA